AUGCCUCUUGAAGGUUUUUCUUCACCCACUCAUCCACCACAAGUGUGCAAGCUUAGAAAGGCAUUAUAUGGUCUAAAGCAAGCCCCUAGGGCCUGGUUUGAUAAACUGAAAACAACCCUCCUGUCUUGGGGAUUUAAAAACAACACUUCAGAUGUGAGUCUAUUCUUCUACAAUGCUGGAUCAGUGGUAGUGUAUCUAUUGGUCUAUGUUGAUGAUAUUUUAAUAACUGAAAAUGCUCCUGAUCUUAUCACUAAAGUAAUCCAAGACCUGAAUAGUCAGUUUGCAUUAAAGGUGAUGGGUCCAGUUCACUUUUUCCUUAGAUUUGAGGUUAAAAGAAAUGCUUCUGGACUACUUCUCACUCAGUCCAAAUAUGCACAAGAUCUACUGGAAAAGGCAAAUAUGGCUGGUUGUAAUCCUGGUUCAACCCCCAUGACUGUUGGAACUAAACUCAGCAAAGAAGAGGGAGAGUUGUUUGACCAACCUACAUUUUAUCGGAGCAUCAUUGGAGGAUUACAAUACCUAACACUGUCCAGGCCUGACUUAGCCUUCACGGUGAAUAAAUUAAGCCAGUUUCUUCAGCAUCCAACUAUAGCACAUUGGGUAGCAUGCAAGAGGGUGUUACGGUGCAUUAAAGGAACUCUGAACCAUGGCCUGCAGUUUACAAAACAUUCACAUCUGGAGCUAGAAACCUAUGUCGACACUGAUUGGGCAAGUGAUAUUAAUGACCGUAGAUCUACUAGUGGUUAUGCCAUCUUCCUUGGUAAUAAUCUUGUUCAAUGGAGUUCCAAAAAGCAGAAAGUAGUGUCCCUCUCAUCCAUAGAAGCUGAGUAUAGGUCACUCAGUCAAGCUGCCACAGAAGUUGUCUGCAUAUAG